AUGGAUUUCGGGCUGGGCAUGCCCGUGCGCGCUGGGGUAGCUAUCGAAGCGCCGGGUUAUCUCGCCCCUGAGCAGCUGGAGGCUCGAGAGCCGGACUCCCGGGCCGAUUUCUUCAGCUUCGGCGCGGUGGCGUAUUCCAUGCUGACGGGCAAGCUGCCCUAUCCCGGCUCGAGCGCCGACGAGAUUCGACGCAGGAUGGCCGAAGGCGCUCCCGAGGUACCGACCUCUUUGGUGGCCGAAAUUCCACCAAAGAUGGAAGAGAUCCUCUUGAAAUGUCUCCAGAUUGCCCCGGAUCAGCGCUACGAGUCGGCCAAUCAGCUGGCAAAUGACUUGGAAGACAUCACCGUCUGA